UUAAAAAGCCCGAUCGAGUUUUUUUCUCGCGGCGUCCAACACUCUUGAUUCUCUUUUUCUUCAUUAUAGAAAGUUGAACCCCCGUCGUUGCAGAAUUCAGGCCCGAAGUCCCUACAAAAAACCUAGGGGACUUCGGGUUGUAUCAGCCGGGCAGAUCAGAAUUUGGAGCUCCAAGAAUUGCAUACUCAAGGCUGCCGUCGGCAGCCAACUUGGUAUUCGAUCCCGUUGAGCCUCGACAUGCCUCAAACUCGAUGUUUUUCGUCAGCCUAUCGACAGAGCCUGAGGUCAGAUCGCUGGCGGCAGGCUUCUUUGCGUGCUUCGUGUAGCAGCAAGUGCCGGCCGGAAUGACUGGCAGGCUACCUCACUGGCUUCUUGCUUUUCCCGUCGAUUCCCGACUCCUCUUGCACACCUCGACGUGGCCGUCCUCGGCUGGCCAGGCCCGUAUGCUGAGUGACGUGCCUGAGGAGUCAUGGUCAUACGGUGCUGUCUAUUGCCUCGGGCGAAGCGUUUGGAACUUGGCAAAGGGAAAGGUCUGGUCGUGGACGUAGUACACACGGGGCGAUGGAAGGCAAAGCAAAGGCUGGGCCAGUCUGCUAUCAUUCGGUAUGGCCCAGCCGCGACCCCCUUUGUGCACCAUCGCUCAUUCUUGCCAGUGCCCGCGUUUAGGUGAUACUCUCACCAGCUCUCGUUUGCGCUUGAUUCAGCAAGCAUCUGCCUGAGCUGUCACAUUGCUCAUACGCAAUCGACCAACAUAUGAAAUGCUGUUGGUUGGGAUGCCCAUCACAUUGCCCAGGGGGGUGGUGAGCUGUCUGCCUGACCUGGUGGGGGAGGGGUGGCGACAUAACAGGGUCUCACCGCCCCCGAGACGCUGUGCCACGCAAUGGCAGUUGACCGCACAGGUUCUAGGCGUCCAGCCGCAGAAAGAUCGCAGAUCUAACGGUCGACCAGCGCACAUCUGGCCACUGCAGCGGUGUGUGAGGGGGGAGAGAGCACCGUGGCCAACUGAAGCGCACUGCAAAGGAUACGGCCGGGUGGCGUCUCGGGCGGGCCAUCGAAAGCCCUUCCUCCCCCAAUCCCGUUCAUGGAAGGGCCUGAGGGACGGAGGCGCGCUGGCUUCCGCGGCCGUGGCGCGGCCGCUCGUUCGUCCACCGCAUCUCAUCUUGCCCAUCUCAGAUUCAGACGCAAGGGAGGGCGGUCGCCGCGCCCCGGCAUUGGCUGACCGGGAGGUUGGGGCUAUGCUGCAGCCGCAAGGAACGACAUGGCUAGGGCCAGGCUGGGCAAAAGGGAAGGGCUUUUUCUGACGUUGUCUCUGCACGUUUGCCUGCCAGGCACAGGCACUUUUGGUUACCAAAAGUAUGGGGUGGUGUCCAGUCUGACCAUUACUUUUUUUCUGGCUAUUUCUGGUUGGUUCGUGUACGAAAGUUGCAUUAUAUCCUGUUCAACCAAUGUCUCGUCCGCCACGCCGUCAACCCUCAAGCCCCUGAUUCACACUAUAUGCGACGCAAUCCAGGCUCUCGGGACGGAAAUUUUUCAGAUCUAAGUGAUGCAUCGCUCGCUCGAUCUGGACCUUUCAAGAGCACAUCGCGCCUAGGGGUAUUAUUGUUAUAGGCCCCCAUCACCAAGCCUGUCUUGAGGAUGCAGAGACCGAGAAACCAAAUGGGGGAUAAAAUAUGGUGACCUAGGUACUUACCUACCGUACCUAUCCACCGUAUACAAGACACAGCCGACUUCUAUUCUUUCCAGCCUACCAAAGCAAGUCGAGCUGUGUUUGCUCUUCCCUAGCUGGCAGGUCGCUCCUUCCCGGUUGGGCUGUCGGGCGGUACCAGAAGGUGUACGGCCGGGUCUGUGCUUCUACAGAAUGCGCGCGUACGAGAUCAAUCCCUCUUGCUCUGCCCGUCUUUUUGUGCCAGGCAUUAUGCCGUCCUGCCUUCUGCUCCCAUACACGACACCUCGCCGUCUUCUGCCUCCCGGCUCCCAACCGCCGUCCGUAGAGACAACAGUACGCGCAUAGGCGCCUCAACUGUCUCGGCCGUAGGAGAAUCCCUAGGACACGGGCUCGCUUAGGCCGUUCCUCUCCCGCCCGCCUGUCAUACCGUUUCUCUCCUGGCAUCCCAGCACCCGAGACCGAGUCUCGAUUUGUGCUCGCCUUAUCUACCUCGCCGGCCUAUCUCCUCCCAGGCUGCCUACCUAAAUAGCCACUCUAGUUAAAUCCACCCCAUUCCUCGGAAACUGCUCCUCCACCAUCUCCCAACAUCCAGCUCUCCGGAGAGGCUCCAACCCACCUCAGCGCCACGCAACCAUGGCCACCAACCUCACGCUCACCCCGCCGCCGCCGGGCCUCAUGCGCUACUGGUUCGGCAUCUGCAAGAGCGACCCGGACCUGCCCGCCUGCGCCGUCGUCGACAACUUCUACGACUACCGCAUCCUCCUGGCCCCAAACGUCGUCCUCCUCGCCGUCUUCGCCUGCUCCCUCGUGGGCUUCGCCGCCGUCUACGCCGGCACCACGCGCGGGCGCGACAAGAGCUACGGCGUCGGCUUCUUCGUCGUCAUGGCCUUGGGCGUCCUGGCAGAGAUCCUGGGCUACUCGGCCCGCGUCUGGUCCUACACUAACCAGUGGCUCAAGACGCCCUUCCUGAUGCAGAUAUGCUGCCUCACCGUCGCCCCCGCCUUCCUCGCUGCCGGCAUCUAUCUCUGCCUGCGGCGUAUCGUCCACGUCUUUGGCCCGCAGAACAGCCGCAUCCCGCACGAGUACUACACCCGCAUCUUCAUCCCCUGCGAUCUCAUCUCUCUCAUCUUGCAGGCGACCGGAGGGGCCAUAACCUCGGCUGCGGCGCAGUACAACGAGCCGACCUCUGACGGAGACAACAUCAUGAUCGCCGGCCUCGCCUUCCAGGUCUUCACCAUGUUCUGCUUCAUCGCGUGCGCGCUCGACUUCUUCUGGCGCGUCUGGAAGCAGUCCGGCAGCAGGGACACCGCCAGCAAGGCCGACUUCGUCAGCGUGCCCGACGAGCACGGGGCCCGGGCAAAGGUGCGCUCCAGCCCGCGCUUCAGGGGCUUCCUGGCGGCGCUAGCGCUCGCUACCCUCUGCGUCUUCUGGCGCUGCGUCUACCGCGUCGUCGAGCUGGCCCAGGGCUGGGACGGCCCGCUCAUGGCGCGCCAGGACCUCUUCAUCGGCUGUGAGGGCGUCAUGAUCGCCGUCGCCUGCCUUGUCCUCAACGUCUUCCACCCGGCCCUAUGCUUCGGCGAGAUGCUGUCGGACGACGGCGGCGGCCUCGGCCCCCGCCGCGGGACGAAGGGCCGGGGCCGCCAGCCGCCAGACGCCGACCGCGCUGCCGCCGCCGACGAGGGCGCCAUCUGCUACAGCCGAGGCCCCGGCGACUUCAUGCUCGAGAGCCAGAAGCAGGACGGCGCCCACGGCUCGAGCGUCAACGACUCGGAUGCCCCGCUGGACAGCAAGCAGCACCCCAGCGUCUGAGAGUAUGCCGGUCAAUUUCCCCGGGGGCUUGAGCUCGGCCGCAUGAGACGAAACCAGUCACUUCCAAUUCGAUGUGAUAUUGCCGUUGGCGGUUAUUUCUCUCUUUUCUUUCGUCGUACCAAUGACAAGAUUGUUGGAACCUUGAGCUGC